AUGAGUCACAGUCCAAAUUUAUCACCUCAAAUCAGUAAUGACAUUAUAGAUGCUGAUACUACAUCUUUAGCUUCAACAGAAACUCAACAAAAUAUUCAACAUAGUCAAAUACAUCCUAUAGGUCAUCAUGGACGAGAGCAACUGGAAGAGCCACAGAAUACCACCAAAACAACCACCACCACCACCAACAAAAUCCACACAACCACACCUCUGGUAGACCCUGAUUUGGGACCAUUAAGGGAAUUAGAACAAGAUCUAUCAUCAUUAGAAUCACAACAAGAACAAUAUCUAAGUCAAAAACCUACAUCUACAUCAAUUAAAACCAAUAAAGUCCCAUUAAGAGAACGAAGAGGUUUACUUGCACAAAUUGUUUUGAUUCCAGAAUAUGAAGAUGCCAGAGAUUAUCCCAAUAAAAUAAAAUAUCUAAUUGUUUUCAUAAUUGCUUUUGCAUCAUUAGCAGGACCAUUUGGAACUUCAGUAAUGUUACCUGCCAUUGAUGAUAUUGUUAAUGAUUUAAAUACUAAUGUAUCGACAGUGAAUGUAUCCGUUGGUAUUUAUUUAUUAUCAUUAGGUAUAUUUCCUCUUUGGUGGUCAUCAUUUAGUGAACGAUUUGGUCGAAGAAGUGUUUAUAUGGUAUCAUUUACUUUAUUUGUGGCGUUUUCUAUUGGUACGGCAUUAUCUCCCAAUAUUGCUGCUUUGAUUGUAUUAAGAGUGCUUCAAGGUGGUUCAUCUGCUAGUGUUCAAGCUGUUGGAGCAGGUACUAUUGCUGAUUUAUUUAUUCCUCAAGAACGUGGACAAGCUAUGGGAUUAUAUUAUUUGGGCCCUUUGGCAGGACCGUUUUUGGCCCCAAUUUUGGGUGGAGCUGUAUCUCAAGCUUGGGGGUGGAGAGCUACUCAAUGGUUAUUAAUGAUAAUUUCUGCUUGUAGUUUUGUUCUAAUUACAUUUUUCCUACCAGAAACAUUAAGAAGAGUUGAUACUAUACAAGUUGCUAAAGAUUUGAUGAAAAAACUGGACAAUAAUGGUCUGCAAAAUGAAAAAAUUCAUGAUGAUUUUGCCGGUGCGGACAAUUCUAGCGUACACGAUAUAGAUGGAAACCCUAUUCCUGGUACUGAAUUACACCAAGUGGUUUCAAAUUUGAGUAGAAGAUCAUCAAAUGCUCGUUCUAUUGUAACUUAUAUGGAAGAACAAGAAAAUGAAGGUCCAAUAAUUGAUCCAGUGAUGCCUAGUAUAUCUCGGUUAACAACAAAUAGAUCAGCUUAUUCUCAAAGAAUACAUCAAAAUUACGUAACUGAUGAAUUAAGGAAAACAACAUCUAAUUUAACGCAAUCCAACCAUUCACAAUAUAAUAAUAACAACAACAACGACAAUGAUAAAUGGUCAUCAGUGAAAACCAAUUGUUAUGAUUUAAUAAUCCGUCCAUUACAUUCAAUAAUAUUAUUAAAACAUCCACCCGUUGUCCUUGUCAUUUCAUUUUCAGCCAUUUCCUUUGCUGCAAUUUAUUUUUUCAACAUGGCGAUUUCUUAUGAAUACGCACGUUCACCAUAUAAUUUCUCAUCAGUGAUUCUUGGAUUAAUGUAUAUCCCCAAUUCCGUGACAUAUUUCAUGGCUUCUAUAAUUGGAGGUAAAUGGAAUGAUCGAUUAUUAAAUCGAUAUGCUCAAAAACAUGGAGAAUUGGUUCCUGAAAGUAGAUUAUCUUGGAAUAUCGUCGUGGCAAUAAUUUUAUAUCCCAUGGCUUGUUUGAUUUUUGGUUGGACAAUUAAAUAUCGUGAAUUUUGGGUCAUACCAUUAAUCGGUACCGCAUUAUUUGGAUUUGCUUCUAUGCUUGUUAUAGGUGCUACCGUGACUUAUUUGGUCGAUUCAUUACCUGGGAAAGGUGCUACUGGUGUGGCGUUGAAUAAUUUAAUUAGACAAAUUUUGGCGGCUAUUGCGACUUUUAUAGUUGAACCGUUAUUAAGAGCGAUUGGAGCAGGUGUUUUAUUUAGUAUUAUUGCUGGGAUAUUAUUGGUUUCUUCAUUGGUUUUGUUAUAUUUGAAGAAACGAGGAGCUUUUUUCAGAGAACAUUAUGAUGUCAUGGAUUUAUAUGCCAAGUUGUAA